AUGCUCAUACUGUUCAGUAAAGAGCCUGAAAGAAGGAUAGCGCUUCUGUCCCAAUCGUAUGCUUUGGUCUUUAAAGCAGUGAAAAAUGCAGCUGACCCCCACAGAGCGUUAUGUGCCAUCGAACUCUUACCCAAAUCCAAACUAGAGAGAGGAUUUGAAAAAUUGACGUCCCAUGAGAUCCACGGGUUCCUCGGGCUCAUUGAGCUCGAGGGUCUUAUUUUCAUUUGUGCAAUCACGGGAAAGACCAAAGUGGCCCAACCAAUUCCCGGUGAAACAGUGAACAAGAUUUUCGCAGUCGAUUUCUUCUGUCUGACGGACUCCCGGUGGGACUUCGUGGAGUUGGAUACGAACGGGUACCCUGUGCUUCCCGAUGAAGAUUACAAGCCCGAGCAAAUGCCCGCUUUGCCAAAACAUCCGUGUCAUGACCUCAGAAAACUGCUUUCUAACGGAUCGUUUUACUACAGCUCAAACUUCGAUUUGACGUCGAUCCUUCAAAACCGAGGCGUCGGCUCGCAUUCUUUGAGUUUCGACAACUAUCAGGAAGAGUACAUGUGGAAUUCUUUUCUAAUGCAGGAAAUUAUAACUUUCAGGAACCGGCUAAACGACUCAGCAAGACAGGUGCUUGAUGAAGAGGGAUUUCUUACCACUGUCAUACGUGGGUUCGCCGAAACUUUCAUGACGUACAUCAAGCAGCUCAAGGUAUCCCUCACGGUGAUUUCGAAGCAAAGCUGGAAAAGAGCCGGAACCAGAUACAACGCGAGAGGGAUUGACGAUGAAGGGAAUGUCGCGAAUUUCGUCGAGACUGAAACUAUCAUGUACUCACGCGAGUAUUGCUAUGCAUUCACCGAGAUUCGUGGGAGUGUCCCCGUGUUCUGGGAACAAGACACCUCGCUGAUCAAUCCUAAAGUACAGAUCACUCGUUCUCGAGAGGCCACCCAACCUAUCUUUGACCAGCAUUUAACGGGUCUCAUAGAAAAAUAUGGACCCAUUCACAUCGUGAAUUUGUUAUCAACGAAGAGCUCCGAAAUAGAGCUGUCCAGGCGUUACAAGGAGCAUGUCAUGCGCUCCAAAAAAGUUGUCUUAAAUAAAGACGUUCUCUUUACGGAUUUCGACUUUCAUCGAGAAACUUCUCAAGAGGGCUUUGCAGCAGCAGCGAAAAUAAAGCCUCUCAUCACACGAUCGCUAAUGGAAUCAGGCUAUUUCUCCAUGGACGUGCGAGAUAAGAAAGUGCUCUCGGAGCAACAAGGAGUAUUUCGCACUAACUGUCUAGACUGUCUUGAUAGGACAAACCUGAUACAGCAGUUCAUUUCUCGAUACGCUUUCGCUCUUUUUUUGACGGAUUUCCAUUUACUUUCUUCUACCGACGACGCUGCCUUUAUUGACAGUGACCUAUUUCUCAAGCAUAACACCCUUUGGGCUGACCAUGGUGAUCAGAUUUCUCAAAUAUACACGGGUACCAAUGCACUAAAAUCGUCUUUUUCAAGAAAAGGGAAAAUGUCUUUCGCCGGAGUGCUAUCCGAUGCCACCAAAUCCGUCAGUCGGAUGUACAUCAACAACUUUAUGGAUAAAAACAAGCAAAUUACCAUUGACACCUUGUUGGGUAGGCUCUCGAGUCAAGAAGCAGUUUUACUUUACGACCCAAUAAAUGAGUACGUUUCCACCCAACUCUUUUCAAUGUCUGAAAGCUUUACCUCAUCGUCCACUAUCAACAUAUUUGUGGGAACCUUUAACGUAAAUGGGCUUACGAGAAAGGCCGAUAUAUCAAAAUGGUUAUUUCCGAUUGGCGAUAAAUUUAAACCUGAUGUGGUAGUACUGGGAAUGCAAGAAGUCAUUGAAUUAACUGCAGGAUCAAUUUUGAAUGCGGACUACUCUAAGAGCUCAUUUUGGCAAAGCAUUGUCAGCAAUUGCCUCAAUCAGUAUAAUGAUCAGUAUUUGUUACUGAGAGCAGAGCAGAUGUCUUCCCUCCUGAUUUUAUUUUUUGUCAAAUCAGACAAAAUCAAUAGCGUGCGUCAAGUUGAAGGCGCUUCCAAGAAGACUGGUCUUGGAGGAAUGGCUGGCAAUAAGGGUGCAGUUGCGAUUCGCUUCGAUUUCGGAAGCACUUCUUUUUCUUUCGUCAAUGCCCAUUUUGCGGCUGGAUUAAAUAAUGUUGACGAGCGGAGGAACGACUACGAGAGCAUCUUGAAGGGUAUAAAUUUUACCCGAUCCAAAAAGAUCCCUGAUCAUGAUGCCAUUUUCUGGCUGGGAGAUCUCAACUAUCGCCUGACUUUGUCAAAUGAGGAAGUCAGGAAAGAACUUGGCAGAGCCAACGAGGAUACCUUCGAUAAACUUUUGAAAUAUGAUCAACUUACACAAGAAAUAAACUCAGGAAUCAUCUUUCAAAGUUUCAAAGAGCCAACUGUGAAGUUCCCUCCAACCUACAAGUACGAUCACGGUACAAGCAUUUACGAUAGCUCUGAAAAAGCGAGAACACCUUCAUGGACAGAUCGGAUUGUCUAUCGAGGAGAUAUUUUGAAACCACUUGCAUACUCAGAUUCGCAGCUGAUGAUAAGCGAUCAUAAACCAGUAUACGCCGCCUAUAGAGCACAAGUCCAAUUUAUCGAUGAAAACAUAAAGACGGAGUUGACCAAGAAAUUAUACUUGGAAUACAAAAACAAGCAUCCACAAGAGUCGGGUGACGCAUCGUUGGCGUUGAUCGACAUGGAAUUAGAACAAAAACGCGUCUCACGCCAGGCUGUCAAUUCCGCGGAUACUUGGAGUGAGGUGAAUCUCGUAGAUGCUGAUCCGCUAAGCUCAAAAUUUGAGGUCGACUCGUACACCAAUUCCCCGUCUUCGGCGUCUGAAACGUCUUCGCUUAAGUCUGCACCUUUGCAGCCGACGAGAAAGGAUACCUUGUCGCCGCCAUUUCCUAAUAGAACCAGACUUCCUCCUCCUCCCGUUCCCCUAUCACGUCAAAGCAACUCUUCGACAGCACUGCAAGCUAGAGAACGCAACAGGACGGUACCAGAACAGGUUGAGAAGCAAGCCGUGAACAAGACGUUAGCCCCGCCGCCUCCUCCGUCACGGAAAGCAGCAUUUCCUCCCGGAUUCAGCGAUGCUGUCUUGACUCCCAAAAACACGAGUACUCCGUCUUCGCAAACGGCAUCUCACGAGGGUACGCCAUCGGCAACACCUAUACCUGAAAUUGAUCUCAGAAAGGCAGAUGAAGUUAAACCGGUGAGGAUUCCACCCGUGGUUCCGGUUAAGAAACCAUCAUUAGAACAUCUUUCCAUGGAUUCUUGGACACCAUUGACACCCAAGUGA